CAUUACUUUCAGGUUCAGUAUGCCUCCUCCACCUGGUGAACACUAUUCUUUGGAUGAAUUUGUGAAGCUGGACAAAAUUGGUGAAGGCACCUAUGGAGUUGUCUACAAAGGCAAACAUAAGAAGACCAACAAACUUGUGGCCAUGAAAAAAAUUCGUCUGGAAGGCGAAGAUGAGGGAGUACCAUCAACCGCGAUCCGAGAGAUAUCUCUUCUGAGAGAACUCAAACACCCAAAUGUUGUGGGACUCGAAGACGUCAUCAUGCAGGAAAAUCGACUCUACCUCAUAUUUGAGUUUCUGUCGAUGGAUCUCAAAAGAUAUCUCGAUCAGCUUCCCGCUGAUAAACGUCUCCCACCUGCCGAAUGUAAAAGCUACAUGUUCCAGAUCUGUCAAGCAAUCUGCUUCGCUCACCAGCGUCGUGUUAUCCAUCGUGAUUUGAAACCACAAAAUCUCUUGGUGGACGGAAAAGGAGCGAUAAAGCUGGCUGAUUUUGGACUGGCAAGGGCAAUAGGAAUUCCAGUUAGGGUGUACACACAUGAGGUUGUAACGCUCUGGUAUCGUGCUCCGGAAAUUCUCCUUGGAACUCAGCGCUAUUCAAUGGGUGUGGAUAUGUGGUCAAUUGGUUGCAUCUUCGCAGAGAUGGCUACCAAAAAGCCGCUGUUCCAGGGUGACUCAGAAAUCGACGAGCUCUUCCGCCUUUUCAGGAUUUUGGGGACACCGACUGAAGCAGAAUGGCCUGGAGUUAGUCAACUGCCUGAUUACAAACCAACUUUCCCAAAAUGGAGGGGUAACUCGUUGACCGAAAAAGUGGCCAGCUUCAUGGACCCCGAUGCGAUUGAUCUACUUCAGGCUAUGCUCAUUUAUGAUCCAUCCAAGAGAAUCUCUUCACGUAGGGCGCUACAUCACCGAUACUUUGAUGAUGUAGACACAUCCAAAGUUCCUGCUGGUAAUUAUCGUGGUGAACUAGUGCUGAACUGAAGCACCACGUCUAAAUCAAUCCAUUUCUCGGUUGCUGAAAUUUAUGCACUGCCUCUUGUAUUUAGCGCGAAUUCAUGUAAUUAGCUGCAUUAAUGGAUAUUUUUCUUACCUCAUACCUUUUUCUUAUUUUCCACAGUAAAGGAGUGAUU